GUUUGACUAAUGCAAUUGAAAGGUCAACAUUCAAAGGCAGAAUUUUGGUGUCACCGGGACGUGGUGUCUUUGUGGCCCACAUUUGCAUUUCUUCUGACUGCCUUUUCUGUCGAAUCAGUUACUAGUUACUUCGUAUGCAAGUAACAAACUUGAAAUAAAAUGUACCAACUGUCCGGUCAGAUGAUAUCUGGUCUAAAAACGUAUAAGUACUCGUGUGUCGAUAAUUCACCUUUUUCAACGUAUAUCAUGCAUCCUUUUUGGGACUGGCUGGCACAAUUUUAUCCUGUUUGGCUAGCUCCAAAUCUAAUAACAUUCACUGGCUUCCUUCUGACUGUUGCGCAUUAUUUUCUAACAUGCUUCUAUAAUCCCAACUUUUCUGCAACAUUCAGUGUUCCUACGUGGGUUUGGCUUGUUACUGCCUUCCUUGUAUUUAUCGCCCAUACAUUAGAUGGUACAGAUGGGAAACAGGCCCGUCGAACUAAGUCAUCCUCUGCUCUUGGUGAAUUAUUUGACCAUGGAUGUGAUUCAUGGGUGUGCCUUUUUCUUCCUGGUUCCAUGUUCUCACUGUUAGGUGAGGUAUAUACUACGCGAGAAAUGUUUCUUGGACAGUGGGUUUUAAUUAUUAGCUUCCUCAUAUCCCAUUGGGAGAAGUACAUAACAGGUAUCUUGUUUUUACCCUGGACUUUUGAUACAAGUCAGAUAACCUGUAUUUAUUUAAGAUUGCGCCUUAGACAUUCAAUAAAAUAUCUAUCGUCAUACUAUCAACGUUCUGUCUAA